CUCAGCUCCAUAACAAAGUGAGCUGCUAAAGAAUCUAUCUUUAUGGCCACCCCAGCUUGGGUUCCUUCCUCUGAACAUUUCCAGGACUACUUAUUGAACCCCUAUAUAACCUCUUUGCUUCCUCUCUUGGUAGCCUUUGUCUGCAGGUUUAAACUUAUUUUGAUCCAUCAGAGCUCUACAACCCAUGGAGACUCAGCAUAGAAACUGCAACAGGAGACUCUGCAGGAUUCUACUGCUGCUUUGCUUAACAAUGGCUGCUCUUCUCUUCACUCAAUGUGAUGCAAGAAGAUCAAUGAGGCCAACAAUGAGAGACGCAAAACAUUCAAGAAGUUUAAUCAUCAAGUCCACAAAGAAAUUGAGAGUGAUCAAUCAUGAUGGCGAUUCGACAUCGAACACUGGACCUUAUGGUGUGAGUUCUCCAUUUUCAUUGCCUCCUUUUGAAUCACUAGCUCCAUAUCCCUUGCCUGAAAAUGCUCCUCCAUACUGCAUUUUUCCUCCUUUUACUCCUCAAGUGCCAGAAGCACCUCCUUCUACGACAAUUCCACCCCCUGAAGGUUUCACACCAGUUCUUCCUAAUCCAAGCCCACCGGGGCCUUUUCCGACCCCUAGUCCACCUCAGUCCUUUGUGCCCAGCCCACCGGAAGCAGUGCCUAGUCCAUACAUCUACAUUCCAAGCCCACCAGGGCCCGUACUUAGCCCACCACAUUAUGAACCUAGCCCACCUUCAGGUUUUACCCCAAGUCCACCAACUUACGUUCCAUCUCCACCUGGUUUUGUUCCAAGCCCACUGCCGCCGGUGUUUCUACCCCCGAUUGUGUUCCCUCCGCCCAUCGUGCCUCCGUCUCCAAAACGAAGCCCAAACAUAGCACUUUGGUGUGUUGCCAAGCCAUCAGUGCCUGACCCAAUCAUCGAGGAAGCCAUGAACUAUGCUUGUGGGUCAGGUGCUGAUUGCGAUACUAUUCAGUCCAAUGGGCCAUGCUUUGAGCCCAACACUGUUUAUGCCCAUGCCUCUUAUGCCUUCAACAGUUAUUGGCAGAGAACCAAGGUUGCUGGUGGUACAUGCUCAUUUGGUGGCACAGCCAUGUUAGUCACGGUUGAUCCAAGCCAUGAUGGGUGCCACUUUGUUUACCAGUGAAGACUUGAAGAAAGCUUCUGAGCACAAAUUUUCUAAUAAAGGGAAUAGAGUUUCCAACAAAAAGUAAAUUUUGUAUAGUAAUUGUGCCAUUUAGAUUUUGUGAGGCUUAUCCCAAAAUAUGUUUCGGGUUCAAAGAUUUUGUUUUGGCCCGCCCCGCCCAUAUUGGCUUCUGGGAUCUGCCUGCUCUGCCUCUUUGUGUCGGGAUUCUAAACCACUUUGGACAUAAAAUAUUAUUAAUUGUUUUUAUUAA